AUGGUCGAAGAAAUUUUAUUUCCUAAAAUUCUUGUCUUACUCCUCCUGCUAUUGCUCCCACUGCUUUGUAAGGCUGAUGAAAUUGUCCAGCUCUACGAUCUCUCCAGCCUUAGAGUUCCUUACAAUUCUGUUCGAAAUCUUCCCCUUCAAUAUUAUAUCCAAGGUCAAAACCUCACUUAUUCGCUCAGCGGAUCAUAUUCAGGCGGCAUAAACAGUGCUAGUCCUUCUAUAACUCAAGGCAUGAACUUAAUUUCGACAACAAAAAAGGCAGCCUCCAAUAAUCCUCCCAACAGUUUUGAUCUGAUCCAGCAAGAUCAAAACAACCCUCAGCUAUUGUAUACAGUUGAAGGGUCAAAUCUUAACUUUUGGAAUAUUGCCAGUCUAACUUUCCCCUGGAAAAACAUCUUUCUUCUAAUUUAAAAGGGGCUAAUUUUUUCAUUGAAAAAAAUAUAAUUAAAUCCAUUAUUUUUGAAUGGAAAUUAAUUUAAAAUAUUAAUUUAUUUAGCGCCCAACUGUUAAAUAGUUUUCUACUUGCACUAUCUCCAUUAAAUUAAACCAAUACUACUUUAUAUAAAAUUAGUAUUUUUACAUAUAAAAUUUUGUUCCAAAUUAAAGGGGGUUAAAUUACUCCAAAAAAUAAAAAUUUAGCCUAUAUUUUAUUCCAUUUAGACAGAGGGAGUAAGCAACAUUCAGCUUUUAGGGUCUUCUCCAAUUUCAGGGACCGGCACAGUUGUAGGGGUUUAUUCAGUUUACCUUUCAAAUACAGCUUAUUAUAUUAUUUUGCAGAGCAGCAAGACAGGAAUCUCAGCGUCGCUUUAUAAUUUGACAAAAACCGCGACAAUUGCACCUAUUUCAGGUAUGAGUUAUACGAUUUCUACAAGCUACUCUUUAAUCGGGUCAUCUUUUACGACAAUGAAUAGCAAUAUUUUCAGCUUUGUCCAGGUGGGUGGUACAACGCCUACAGUUUAUGUGAUUGCUUUUGAUACUAUACAUUCAACUGCUACCUUAUAUAAUCAGAUUAAUAACAGCACUGUACAAGCAAAAACUUUUAAUCCAAUUGCAAUGGGCUUUUCAAAUAAAAAUUAUGCUUACAUUUGUGACACAAAUAACGGUGUGUUCUUAUUUAACGCCACUGCUUAUUUAGCGGCUCCGAAUACAGCUAUUGAUAUUCCAAUGCUUCUGCAAGAUCCAAGCGACUAUGGGUAUAUUUUUUCUUGUUCUUUAGAUAAUGACUGGCUGGCUGUAGGGACUUCUCAAGGAAUUGCUUUAUAUUUAUUCCCUUCUCUUCAAUUUGUGAAAAAAUUAUCAAGAUAUGCUCGCCAGCAUGAAGCUACCAGUCUGUUAGGGCUACAAAGAUUAAGUAACACAUAUACAUUUACAACUAGUUAUUUUAUCAGCAACUUAACUACAAGUUUCAGAGUGCAAUACUUGCAAUCUCAAUUACAAGAAAAUUUGUUAUACUCAGAAAUUUCAUAUGACCUUUUCUCCACAGAUUCAAGUGUAUUAGCACCUCCAUAUAUUGUUAUCGCAAUGAGCAAUAUUUGGUAUGCUAUUUUCAACACUCCGAGCUACCUUUGGGUUUAUCAAAUCAAUAGACCGUAUGCAUCUUCUGUGGCUUUGUCCUCUCCAUAUACCUUUACUGGAGAUUUGGUAGUCAGCAAUUUAAAUACAGAAAUCCAAGUCCCUAUAGUUUUGCAUGGGGUUGACCCAAAAAGCUAUGAAAUUUAUGGCUACAAAGGAUUUGCCAAAAGUGCUGGCUUUGGAUAUCCUUCUGAAAUAAUUAUGUAUAUGAAUACUAAUGUUACUAACUUUUAUUCUUAUUCAAUAAAAUUAUAUUUUCCGAUAAGCAUAAGAGUUUUUAUAUGCUAAAAAUAAGAAAUAGAUUUUUAUAUGCUAAAAAUAAGAAAUAGAGAGAGUAAACAAAAUCUUGAGUUUUAUUUGCCUGUAUCCAAUUAUUAUGCUGGACAAGGUUUAGCUUAUAAACUUGAAACAUCUGGAAAUAUUCAGGAUGUGACUAUUGGAAUCGUCCUUCCGGAGAAAUACAUGCAAACUUCAAAUAUAAAUACACAAGCUUCUAUAACUUUUAGUCCUGUGCUGGCUACCGAUUUCAAUGAACUCAUCCCAAUUGCUGUGGCCAUACCUACAGGUGACUCAAAUAUUACUAUUUAUAGCUUGAAUCCUUCAUCAGGCCCUAUGCGUCAAUCAACCUUUACUUGUACAAACAGUUCAAUGUACAGCAAUAAUGCAAUAACUUUUAUUGGAGGCAAUAUCAGAUUUUUGAUUGUAGAAUGCUAUCUGCAAAAUCAAAACACUGGAGCUUAUAGCCUAUACCCCUAUAUAGCUUUCUUUUGCGAACAAAAUGUAACAGAUAAUUGAACAACCAAGAUAGACCCUAUCAAAUGAUUAGCUGAAAUUCUAUGGCAGGAAGGGUUAAAAGUAGCAUGCCAAACAAUGGUUGACAUAUUAAACAAAGUUGAUAAAUAAACACUCCAAUUUUUAAAAUGGCUUUAUAAUUAAAUUAAUUUUAAAUUAAAAAGAUCCCCUUAUAUUUAUAUUUCUAUAAAAUAUCAUAAUUUAUGAGAAGCUUUAAAAGCAAAGAAAUGAAGUGAGUAAAAUAGCUGGACGGGCCACAAGGUUUUUGAGAGUGAAAACAUUUAUAACUAAUAAUCCCUCUGCAUUUGUAAGUGCAUAAUCUAUUAUAUUUUGUGCUAAUGUCAGUUUUGUUCCAAAUACUAAAUUUUGAGUUUAUUAUAGAAAUCCGAUAUAUCGAAGUAUCAUAGAAAUUACUGAGCACUUUGCAUACUGCAGAGGAUCUUUAGUUAUAAAUGUUUUUACACUUGAACGUCUUUAAUCAGUUCCAGCAAUUUUACUCACUUGGUUUCUUCAUCUUCCAAGUUUCGAUUAUUAGCAGAAAUACGAAAAUGAAAAUCUCUCAGAAAUGACUGAGCGCUUUACAUAAUGCAGAUGGAUUAUUAUAUAUGAAUGUUUCCACUCUUGAAAACCUUGUAGCAGUUUAGCUAUUUUACUCACUUCUUUUCUUUGCUUUUAAAGUUGCUCAUAAAUUAUGAUAUUUUAUAGAAAUAUAAAUAUAUGGGAUUUUAAAAAUCGGAGCAUUUAUUUAUCAACUUUGUUUAAUAUGUCAACCAUUGCUUGACAUACUACUCUUUAACCCUUCCUGGCAUAGAGAUUUAGCUAGUCACUUUGAGAGUCUAUCUUGGCUGCUCAAUUAUCAGUUGCAUUUUGUUCUAUAAAGAAAGCUAUAUAGUGGCACUGGCUAUAUGAUGUAGACUGGUACAUUUACUCUGUAAGCAGCAGCUAUCAGCCAACUCUAUUAAGCACUUUUUCAUGGAUCCAAAUAAUUCCUUCAACUAAACUAAGCAUUAUCUGCACAAAUAUAGCAGCACUUAGAGGACAGCAAAUAGAAAUUUACCAAUUUGACCAAACAACAUACAAAUUUACUGCUUGGACACCAAUAUCUACAAAUAGCAUAUCAGGAAUCAACCAAUUUAUGCCUAUAGAUUUUGUAAUAGAAAAUAAUGGUGGAAGCUGCAGUAGCAUUUAUGUUUACGACUUCAACGCUGGACUUAUUCAGGUUACAGUCUCAAACUCAGCAGGGCCAUAUGCAGCAUCAACAAUUGGGACAAUCAGCUCUUUGCAAGAUAUAUAUGCACGCAUCGGUACUUAUGGAGAAAAUGUAUUCAUUAUUUCACCUCAAUCUGACUCUGCAAUGAGCUUUGCUGGAGUUCAAGUUACUUCUUCUAGCUACCAAAUUACUUAUUACCCAGUCUUUUCUGGCUGUAGCUAUACUGCUAUUGAUAUAAGUGACACGUUUGUAGUUGUUUUGUGCGAAAACAUUGAUGGAAACCAAAUUUUGGUGUUUGAUUAUAACGACUACACCUUUGAAAAUUUAUACACCUCGAUCCCAGUUGAUAGUAUUGGCGCCAUUUCUUUAGAAGGUGGCUCUAUCAAUUCCCUAUUUGUGUACACAGGGGAAUAUUUCUCUUCUUAUGCGCUUAGCCAAAUAGCUGAUGAAUUCAGUCCUCCAGUGAGUUCUGAUUUUAUUCCUCAGUAUUAUGGUGGUGUUACUACCUGGGCUUUGGUAUGGUUUAAUUUUACAGCUGCCCCUACAACUGAAAUUGUGGUUGAAUUUGAAUUAAAUGCAACUAACAGCUACAAUAGUAAUAAAACUACCAUCGUCUUUUCCUUACUCCCAAGAGGUACAGCUAUUAAGCAAGAGACUAGCUUUGAUACUAGCAGCAGUGUCCUCACAUCUGGAGAAAAGGUUAAAAUCACUGAUAGUUCAUUUAUUCAGCCGAUACCUCUUAACGCUUUUAUUGGGAAUAACUUGAAUUUCGGCUUAUUGAACAAUAAAAAUGGAACUUUUAUACAAAGUUCUGAGCUUUGUCCAGUUGAAUCAGCCCCUAUAUGUAUUCUAGGCAAAUAUAAGAUUGAUAGCGCUUUAUCGUAUGAGUCAACAUCUGUUUCUGCGUUCGACAUGACUCAAUCUGGAGCCAUUCUUUAUGUCUCCAUAGAAAAUGCGAUCAUUGCUUAUGAUACCACAGCUAGCCCAUAUUCAGUGUCCCAAGUCUAUAAUUUGACUGAUUUCCGUGGAUCCUACACGACUAACUGUUUGAAAAUACAGAGCGCGCCUUAUAGUAAUGUAUUAAUUAUGUCCUGCACAGAGUGGAAGACUGAAGCUUCAAUGUACAGUGACACUUAUCUGACCGUGCUCAAUCUAACAAAUAUCAAAACCCCUCAACAAAUAAUGCUUAAAUCAUACCCUGCUGUCCUAAUUACUAUAGCUGAUGAUUUAACUCUACAAUAUCCAUUGGCUUAUGUCCAUGAUUUCCAAACUGUCGAUGUCUACCAAAUCAUCACAAAUAAUGGCCAGGUUUCCUUAAAUCUGGUCUCUUAUAUUGAUCCUGAGGUGAUUGAGACCAAUACUUUCUUUAUUUGCUCAGUUCUCUACAUUAACAGCACAGAUCUGAUUUUACUGGAAAUUUAUAGCGGAUUCAUAUACCUUAAAGCAACCCAAACAGUGAAUCCCGUAGGAUUUACUUAUUCUAUUUUCGCUACUUUCCCAGUACCGUCUUCAAUAGUUAAUUAUGAAAACACUUAUUACACCUCAGCUUAUAUGACAAGUGAUAAGAAAAUGAUCAUUGCUACUGAAGUAAGAGGGGAUGUAUAUGUUUAUGAUAUAAAUAAUGAUGGAUUAGAGCUAAAAAGCCAGUUCCCACCGCUUACUCAAGAGUAUGCUUAUUGGAUUAACUCAAUUGCUGUGAACGAAACUCUAAAGCUGAUGGUUUUCCCGAUUUGGGAUACUACCAAAGUAAAGCUUAGAGUUCUGAAUUACACACAAGAAACUAUAAACGCUAUCUACACUGAUAUUGAUGUAGGAAUACCUUUAGCUUCUCAGUCAUUUGGAAGUAUAGCAAAUAUAAACCUUGCUUAUAAAGAUGAAAAUACAAUUAAAAUCAAUUCAUUUACUCAGCUUGUGCAAAGGACUUCUAGUGAAGUGGUUUUGGCUGAGAUUAAUUUGUUGCCUCAGGUCAUAAUUUCUCCAAUCGAUUCGUCUGUUUCAGUUGAAUAUUCAUUGGCUGCUUAUAUUCAAGAAUCAGGAGCACAAGUAGAAUUAGGAACUUUAAGCUUGAUUUUUGGAAAGGGAUCAAGCCCAUCUGAUGAUAGCAGCAGCGAUGGCGACAACUCCAACUGGUACAAAGAAUGGUGGGUCUGGUUCAUUAUUAUUGUUGGCGUUCUUUUGGUGGUUUCUACACUAAUUAUUGCAAUUUAUUUCAUCAAAAGAUCCCGCAAAAAGAAAGAGAUGGAAAGUUUACUUAUGGUUGAUAAGAAAUUUAGCGUUAAUACUAACUAA